GUGUGCGCACGCGCAGUGUCCUCUUCUCAACCCGUCAAUUUGAAGCGUCAGCAGUGUGAAAGCUCCUGAAGCGCUGAGGGAGAGAGAGAGAGAGAGAGAGAGGGGAUUAAAGUUGUGUCGGGACUCGGUGUUUGUUUGUGAGAGCCGCAGAGAGACGGAGGCCGGCGCUGCAGGAUGACCAGCGGCUCGGGGAAGCGGAGAGAGGAGGCUCCGGUAGCCAACGGAGGGCUCAAACACAAACAGUCCACAUGGAGCAAAGCGCUGAGCGGCAGAGCGGUGUGGGAGGACAAGGAUGAGUUUUUAGACGUGGUGUACUGGUUCAGACAGAUCAUCGCCAUCAUCCUGGGAGUCAUCUGGGGCGUCGUUCCACUGAAGGGCUUCCUGGGAAUCGCCAUCUUCUGCAUGGUGAACGCCGGCGUCCUGUACGUUUACUUCAGCAGCUUCCAGCAGGUGGAUGAGGAGGAGUACGGAGGAACGUGGGAGCUCACCAAGGAAGGCUUCAUGACCUCUUUUGCUUUAUUCCUGGUGGUGUGGAUAAUCUUCUACACGGCGCUGCACUAUGACUGAGCUCCAGUGGAGAACCUGCUCUCCAGCAGCGUAGUUCACUCGGCUGUACAGUGGGGUUCGGGGACGGGCUGCACACGGCCGGCACUGGGCUUUACACACGUCACCAGCAGCACACCGGAGCCUCCCGACCCAGGUGCAUCAUGGGUACUCUGCUCUGAACCACUUCCUGAAUCGGCGGCUCAUCGAGUUUUCAGCUAAAACCCCGUCCAGUGCACUGCCAUGUGUUCUGAUUCAUCACUUCUCUCUCUCUCUCUCUCUCUCUCUCUCUCUCUCUCUCUCUCUCAAUGACCUGACUGCGUGUUUAGUUUAUUUAAAUUUAUUUCCCGUUACUCUAGUCUUACCCGAGAGGCGUAGCUAAUUUAAAGACUCGUGUAAAUGAUGUAUAGUUUCAUUUUAAAACUUGGAGAUCAUGUAUUUUUCACGGAUGAGAUUUCCCGAGCGUCUCAGUAUUUUAGAGAGGAGUUUAUACAAACGCGGACGAAGCCGUCGAGGUUUUAGUGCCGACGUGCACAAGGUAUUAUGUUCAAGUCACGUGUUUCUCUGACAAGUCACAUUAAAAACCGCUGAAUUUGAUUCAACCCAAACUCGUAGGGCAUUAAGACGUGGAGUGCAUGAAACAAUUAGACACUUUUUAGAAAAAAAAAUAUAUUAGGCGUGGAACAUUUUUCCUUAAGUUAAAAACACUGUUUUCCAGGUGCACGCUUUUUUCCCUUGUUUCGUUUUACAUUGUUUCUGCCGUUCAGCCGGGAAAACCGAAGAGUUUCCACUUUUUUUUUGUCUUAAACGUCGGAGUUCUUAAAUUUCUUUGAGUUUGUUCUGAUGUAAUAAUAAAACUGUAAUUCACCUGUA